AUGAUACAAACAUUCAUGACUUAUAUACCAACACAACAAUCAUACUCAGAUGAGAAUAUAAAAAACUUUAUAACCUUAAAAGAAGGCAAACCAAAUCUAACAAAUGAUUAUAAAUUAAUCAAAUUACUCGAAGGAUAUGAAAAUGAUAUACCAGAAUUAAAAAUAACAGAUAAAGAUGCAAGAGAAAAAGUACAAAUAAAACUAAACCUUGAGAAAAUACUUAGAAAAACACAAGAAACCAAAGUAAUGAUACUAUUGGAAAACUCUGCAUCAAAUAAAUGCUAUGGAGCUAAUAUGGAAAAGCUCGUACAAAUAAAGAAAAGUAUUAAAAAAGAAUUACAACACUUUGAAGAUAAAAAAGGAAAUAAGAUACCACGAGUCAAGCUAUGCUUUGACACUCAAUACUACUUUGCUGCGAGAGCCAGCAGAUUUAUAAAAGACUACAAGAAAGUCUUAGAUAAAUAUGAAAAAGAAAUCUAUUUAAUACACAUAAACAAUGUAAUGAAAGAAAGAAAAUUCCAACAACAAAAUAGGGCAUGA